CAGGUCCCGACUCAUGAUUCUAACCACCUCCACCUCCACCCCCAACUUGCGGUCACGACACGAUUGUGACUCCUCACCAACUUUUCCAUCUCGCAUGGACCAGAACCGACCACUUUCCCCCUUUUGUGCUUCUCGAAAUUCCAUCGAAGAAACUAGAGUACGGGUCGCCGCUACUCCCUCCAAGGCCGUAAGGGCCUACGCGUCGCGGAGACCAAGCCUCCAUUUCGAAUCGCCACCUCGUCUGGUGUCCGUCAAAUCUUUCCCAUAGAAAGACAUUUCCUCCUCCAACACCAGAUACAAACCCAGCGCAGGGAAUACUUCGAGUAUCAGGGCACACUGCCGGUCAACAUGGCAUCUCCCCCUAAACCUUGGGAGCGACAAGUGCAACAGCUACACGCAAGGUCUGUCACCCAGACGGCAACUCAACCAACAACCGCCACCGCCACAUCACCAACGUCCGCAGCCGCCACCUCCGCGUUUCAUAGUUCGACAAGCACCGCUUCCUCAUCUAUACCACCUGCUGUACCACAACGUCCUGCGACCCUCGCCUCUGCCGUCAACCAAAACGCCGCGGCCUACAGCUCAGCCAUGACGAGCCCAUACGGAAGCUAUGGCGCCGGUUACAGCCCCUACUCGAGGCUCGGUGGAUAUGGAGGGUAUGGUGGGGGCAGCAUGUACGGUGGUUAUGGCGGCUACGGCUCAAUGUACGGCGGCGGCAUGGGCGGCGGCAUGUACGGCGGGAUGCCGGGCAUGCAGCCCCAUGGCGAUCCCAACAGCUUGACAAACCAAUUCAACAACAGCACGCAGGCGACUUUCCAGAUGCUGCAAGGAAUUGUCCAGGCUUUUGGCGGGUUUUCCCAGAUGCUUGAGAGCACCUACAUGGCCACACACUCGAGCUUCUUUGCCAUGGUAUCAGUUGCCGAACAGUUCGGCAACCUGAAAGAUACACUCGGCUCCGUACUCGGAAUCUUCACCGUCAUGCGCUGGCUACGGACUUUAUUCGCCAAGCUCACCGGUCGGCCACCACCAGCCGACGCCACAGCUCUCACCCCAGCGGCAUUUGCGAAGUUCGAGGGCCGCCAACCCAUUGGCCCUGACGGCACCCCGCUCGGCCCGCCCAAGGCCAGCCGCAAGCCUCUCUUCUUCUUCCUCCUCGCCGCCUUCGGCCUCCCCUACCUGAUGCGCAAGAUGAUCAAUGCCCUCGCCGCUUCCGCCGAGGAGGAAGAGCGUCGGAGGCUCAGCGAGCAGGGCAUGCUGCAGCAGCUUGACCCUUCUAAGCUUGACUACUGCCGUGUGCUCUACGACUUCACCCCACAGGCCGGCAAUGAGGUGCGGGAUGUCGACAUGGAAGUCCGCAAGGGCGACCUCGUGGCAGUGCUGAGCAAGUGCGAUCCUAUCGGAAAUCCGAGCGAGUGGUGGCGAUGCCGGGCCCGCGACGGUCGCAUGGGAUACCUCCCGUCUACCUAUCUCGAGGUACUGAAGAGGCCGGGUCAGCCAGUGGCGGCCAUCAAGCCCGCGGCGAGCGAUAGCAGCAGGGCGAACUCCAUGACCACCAGCACCACCGAGAGCGUACCGGAGCCGGUUAAGAGCAAGAUUGGGGAUGUGAGCGCCGAGAGUUUCCAGAAGAGCCAGUUCUAUUCCUAAGGUAUUCGCCCAAGAAAUAAAAGAAAAGAAAAAGGACACGGCUUGUCUCUACGGUACAUGCACGUGUGACGGCUGGCUUGGGAUCAGUUACUUAUCUACCUUACCUAGAGAAGCCGGGAGUCCUUCUUGUUGGGUACAUCCGUUGUGUAAAUGUGCAGGUGGCGGAUACGGGAUG